CCAAACAGAACGCAAACUGAGGCUGAGAAUGGCAACAGCAUUGGCGAGUGCCCUGUCCCUGGUGCCUCUGAACCUGAAGAAGGAGGGGCUUCAGGCAGUGAGGGAGGAGCAUAACUCCACCCAGGAACAAGGAUUCAAGCCACAAGGAAAUAGCAGAGGCCUCAAACCAGAGCUGUUGUGCAGACAAUUCAGACAGCUGCGUUAUGAAGAGACUGCAGGACCUCGGGAAGCGCUGAGCCGGCUCCGGGAGCUCUGCCGACGGUGGCUGCGGCCUGAGACCCACAGCAAGGAGCAGAUCCUGGAGCUGCUGGUGCUUGAGCAGUUCCUGGCCAUUCUACCCAAGGAACUGCAGGCCCACGUGCAGGAGCAUCAGGCAGAGAGCGGGGAGGACAUGGUUGUUGUGCUGGAGGAUUUGCAACUGGAACGUGGCAAAACAGGACGACAGGUGGUUCCAGACCACACAAAGAAACAGAAAAUAGUUGCGGAGGAGGCAGCUCCUGUAACUUCAGUACAGGAGUGGCAGGUGCAGCCCGAGCGUGAAGCUCCAAAGCCCAAGAAGGAGAAGGGUCCAGAGACAAUGAUUGACAAUGGGGAACUUAUUAUAGUGACAGACUCUGGUAGAAGAAUUGAAUCUUCUGGGAAAACAUCCAAGCCCACUGAAGCUCGUGAUGAGGACUCUAACUUGGAAAGGCAACAAGCCCAGCCUAAGGAGAAGGCCGACCAUCAGAUCUCAGGAUGUGGGGAAGCGUCCGCCCAGCAGCGUUUGGAUAUGACUGAACACGAGAGUGCUCCCAUGGGAGAAAAGCUGUGUGAGUCUCAAGUUUGUCAGAGUUCUAGUCCUAGUGGACAUCAGAAAAUCCUUUCGGGAAAGAAAAGUCACCAGUGUCAGCAGUGUGGAAAAGUUUUUCAGAGGAGUUCUCACCUUGUCAGACAUCAGAAAAUCCAUCUUGGUGAGAAACCCUAUCAGUGCAAGGAGUGUGGAAAUGUCUUCAGCCAGAACGCGGGUCUUUUGGAACAUCUCAGAAUCCAUACUGGAGAGAAGCCUUAUCUCUGUAUCCACUGUGGAAAGAACUUUCGGCGCAGCUCUCACCUUAACCGACACCAGAGAAUUCACAGUCAGGAGGAGCCCUGUGAGUGCAAGGAGUGCGGAAAAACCUUCAGCCAGGCCCUGCUCCUCACUCACCAUCAGAGAACCCACAGUCACGCCAAAAGCCACCAGUGUAACGAGUGUGGGAAAGCUUUCAGUUUGACCUCUGAUCUCAUUCGACACCAUAGGAUUCACACUGGAGAAAAACCUUUCAAGUGCACCAUAUGCCAGAAAGCCUUCCGACUAAACUCACACCUCUCCCAGCAUGUAAGAAUCCACAAUAAGGAGAAGCCCUAUGAGUGCAGCAAAUGUGGACAGGCCUUCAAGCAGAAGUCAGGUCUUUUUCAACAUCAGAAGUACCACCACAAACGGGCUUGAGGAGGUGUCCUGUCCUAGUGGAACGUCAGAGCAGACACAUGGGCAACCAGCAUUUUAGGGAAAGUUACUCUGACCAA